AUGGAUACAAAUGCAUGUAAUUUUGAUAACCACCCGGACACCGACGCCCUCUUGCCACCUCGAAAGCGGCUUCUGGCAGGAUUUAAGAGACAGAAUUCAGAUGUCAGUUCCCCUUCAUUGUCAAAAUCCGAUAUCCCUCUCAACAACCCGUUUAUGGCCCAAUUUAGUAAUUCAAACCUCUCAAUUGAAGAGAUUGUUGAGGCCUCGAGAAUUGCUGCAAUAGAGGCCGCAAAAUUUGCCGAGGCUGCCAAAGCUAAAGCGGAGGAGAAGGCCGCGAAAGCAGCCAAGGCAUUUGCCGCAGCUAAGAGUGCCUUGGACCUUGUGGCCACCCUUUCUGACGAGGCAGCCGAAAAGGAAACAUCUCUGAGAAAGAACAAGAUGAAGAAGCAUGUGAGCGUAGAAGAAUUGUACAGUAAUAAGAGCAAAGGCACUAGUAGCUGUGGUACGGACGAAGAAUUGGCUCGCAAUUUGCAUAGGUCCAUUAAUAGUUCUCCCAGAAUUUUGAAGAAUUCUGAUGUAAAGGUUCACAAGAACAAGAAGUUGAAAUCGAAAGGCUCGAAUUUUUCCGGGAGGAUUAAUAAUGGCGGCGAAAUUGCAAAUGGGGAAGGAAAUCGACCUCCCACCGUCACAAGCAACGGUAAUGGUGCAGUAGGGAAUUUAGAGAGUGAAGGUCCAUCGAAGGAGAUAGAUAAGGUUAUGGUAGAUUUGAAUAGAAGUGAUCAACUAAAGGUGGAUAGUAUGGAUGGUCUUGGUAGAAAGAGGGGAAAGAUUAAGCAGAAAAAGUUGCCCUUGAGCAUUUGUAGUUUCAGGGAUCAAAUUGCACCAGAAGAGGAACUGAAUAAUAAUAUCGGGAUCAAUGGGGCAUUGUUUUCUUCAAGUAGUAAUUUAACACCUGUUGAGAAGGCAUCCUUGUGGAAAUGUCAAUCCGUGAAAGCGCCAGCUUGCCUUAAACAAAAUAAAGUUAUGCGGUCGUAA